AGGUUUGUCGUUAAUAUGCACUGCUUUGGUUUGUGAUCCGAUACAACCAAUCACUCAACUAUCUACUUCUAUCAUUACUAGGCAGGACUUGGCUGAUACCAAUUCCACUGCUUCUUGAAAGUUCUGAAAAUAGAAGUACUCAUUUGCAUAUCAUUCUACACCCGUAAAUUUCCCUAUUAGCCACAUUAUCUCAAUCUCCAUGUUUUUCUACAUAAAAACAACAAGAACUACAUACCACUCAUACGCAAGAUACAACUCCUGCUCCUAAAACCCAACAUAACAAAAAACCAUGGCGCCUGCUACUAAAUCACAAUUUCCUUAUCCACAAGACUGGAUUGAGGAAGCUGAAGAUUUCCUCUCCGAGACGGAGGAGAUCGAGGGAAAAUUCGAGAAGCCAAAAUUCCCCGAUACCCUUAUGGUCUGCAACUUGCCGAGGGUAAUCAUCUUUCUAUUAGAGUUUGAUGAAGAAGAUGAUGCUCAUUAUGAGAUCAUUUUCCUCUGUAGUUGCCUUCAUUUCGAACAUCAAGGACCUGUCCAUCUUUGUUUCUACCAUCAUUAAUUGAAGAUCGCAGCUUUUACACUUGCAAAUUUAUCUCAAUCUCUUGUUCACCUUGUCGUCCGUGUACUAUACGUAUAUUAGGUAUCGCAAGAAGGCGAGAAAGGCGAUGAAUUCGCCAAGCUUAAGAAGGCGAUUAACAAAAAGCUUGGAAAGACUGAGGAGGAACCAGGCUUCGAAGUCGAAAUGUGGAUCAACAAAGAGACUGGAACUACAGACGGCGUCGCUUUUUUGAAGUUUCCGAACAAGAACGAACUGGAGAAGGCGAGGAAAAGAAUCGAUGGAUUCAAGAUGGGAAAGGUAUACAAGAUUCUUGAUCAUUGUAGUGGUGAUUUGUUGUUCAAAAUUCAUUCGGAAGGCGAAAAAUAUAGCUUUCAGAUGAACUUUAUUAAGUGUAAGAUUGAGAACAAGUGCUCUACGUUGGCUAAAGAGUUGAACUUUCUCUGAAGAAUUUGCUAUCUGCAUCCUCUCCAAAUCUCGAACCACAACAGAAACUCGCUGCCAUUCCUAUGGAUGACUUUGACUCCCUGAUGGAGUUGCCGGGAACAUUCCAGCAAGCUCAGAAGAAGUCAGCCGCAGCACCCAAGCUCGCUUUCCUAAACGACUGCAACAGCUGGCUUUUGGACGACAAGGGUCGUGAACAGUUGUGCCUUCGUUAUCAACAAGACACAGAAAUCUAUUGGCUGGAUCCUUUGGAGACAUUGGCGCCAUACUACACCGGUCAGAGGGAGAAAGCGAGCGGACGAGUGUGGUGCGACUGGAAGGUAAGAACGAGUUUCAUUUCAUCCGACAUCUGCCCCAAUCGACGUUUGUAACUUUCGAUUAAUUAUGAAGCGAACGAUUAACUAUGAAGCGUAUUUUCAGCUUCUCCGUUACGUCAUUCUUUCGACUUAAACUAGUACUUCCUGUUUCUGUUUCACGAGGACACCAUGAUCACUUUGAUGAAUGGUUCCGGUAUUUGGUAACCUGAAUUUGAUCAUAAGGGAAAACAACAAGAGAACCCUCGUGAUCUAAUUCAGGUUACCAAAUAAAACCAGAACCAUAUUAGAUAUGACGUUCAACAUAUUACGAUCCGCACUACAACAGGUAUCCUGGUCUCCCCACGGUUCUUUCCUCGUGACCAUGCACAAACCUGGUCUCGCCCUUUGGGGUGGGGACGAAAUGGUCCAGAAGAGAAAAUUGAUGCACCCAGGCGUGCAAGAGCUCAUGUUCUCUCCAUCUGAGCAGUACCUCAUCACGUGGAACGGUGCUAAUCCCGACGAAGAUAAAGCAGCGUAUCGUAUUUGGGAUGUGAAGACUGGAGCCGUCUUGAAGGAGAUCGGCACUCCGAAGUUUAGCCCAAGUGGAGUUCAUGGUAUGCAUGUUACUAUAAGUAUAAGGGUUUUUUAGAUUAAGAUUUAUUAGUGCUAUUUUUUACUUUUAGAUUCGUGUUCAUGAUCUUGUCCUCGUUGACGUUCUCCUGCUAAAUGAAAUAGAAAUACGAUUAUCUACUCUAGCUCAGCGUUUUCACUUGCGGUUGAAACACCUUGAAGAACUACAAAUAUUGACUCAUCCUCGUCCCAACAUCGUCUACCCCAGAACACCAUCAACACACAACCAACAACAACAACAACUACGGAACCCUUGUCAUCAAUCCAUUGACAGACGCCUUCCCGCAUCUUUUGUUUUCGCCGGAUAGCAAGCUCUUUGCGCGAUGCACUGAGCGAGAGAUUCACAUCCACGGACUUCCGUCAUGUGCGCCAUGGAAGCGACCAGGCAUGAACGAGCAUGUGCCAUUUCGAUUCGAAAACGGCAUCUCAAGCUUUCAGUGGUCCCCGAAGGACAACGUCAUCGCAGUCUUCUCCCCACAAGUCAACGACUCACCAAGUUGUUUGACAGUUGUGAACGCGGAAACGGGAGAAAUGUACUUCUUACGUGAAUUUGAAGUCUGAAGAUACUGAUGUCGAUAGAGCUGCAUCGUUUGAAGUUGUUCGAGUCGUGUGUAUUCGAGUCCAAAAUAGUGAUUUUUAUGGUGAUAUUUUCUAAAACUCGAACAAGAACUAGAUCUUUCUCAAAACUAGACACGAUCACAAUCCCAUCUGCGAACCACCACCACAACGACAACAGCUUGAAUAACAAAUCCCGGUUGAACUUCAACGCGACUAUGCACUGGCAAAGUGAGGGGGACUUCCUCUGUGUCGUCCUCACGAAGAAGGGCAAGGUCAAGGACGGAAAGGAAACCGCUGGCGGAAAAGCGAAGAAUCUCGAUAUUCUUCGACUCAGAGAAAAGAAUAUCCCAGUCGAGACAUUGGACGUCGAAGAAGGAAUUAAGGGUACGACUGAACUAGCUCAUUGUUAUAUAUUUGUAGCAGGGUAACGAUGUCUUUGCUUAUGGUUCUGAAGUAGACCAGUGACGAAUUAUUUUUCUGAAGUAGACCAGUGACGAAUUACAAUUACCAGAACAUAGUCUCACAACAACACCAACACGAUUUCCCCUCGAUCAAUCUCAAAACUCUGAUUCAACAAAGCCCCAGCCCAACCAUCAACAACCAUCAAUCAACAUUACACCUACAGGCUUCUUCUGGGAGCCAAAGAGCAACCGAUUUGCUAUGCUCUCUGAGGCUGGUGCCGGAAAGACUAUGCUUUCGUUCUACAGUCUAGCAAACAGCAAGUGUGAACAGGUAGCGACAUUUGAGUUGACCAGUCAGGCGUACAACAAGGUCUACUGGUGCCCAGAGGGCCAGUACUUUGUCGUCGCAGCUAUCGGCAGCGGAGAACUUAUGUGGGGAAGGUAUAGAUACACAUUGUUGCACACACGAUAAAAGAACAUUGUUGUACUUGACAGGGAUUGAAAUCUCAAGAAGAAAACAAGAACUCUCCCACAACUACUUCUAGACAAGACUCCUCACGACAACUACUUCCAGACAACUCGUUUCUUUUACAACUACAAAUAAACAGACUCCUUCCAGACAAGACUGAAAACGCUAUGGAAUUGCUGUACAAAGACGAGCAAGUGAAUCUCACACACGUCGAGUGGGAUGCGAGGGGGCGAUAUGUGCUCACUUCCGUCGCUCAACCAAUCGACCCAGCAGCAAGAGACUUCAGCAUGAGCCAGGACGCUGGAUUCUCAUUGUGGACUUUUCAGGUAUAUUCUAACUUUAAGACUUGUUCUUACCACUUUGCUAUGCUGAUACAACUUCCCCCUGUUCGAAUGAUCUUUGAGGACGAUAAUUGAAUAGAUUGCUUAUCCCCUUAUCAGGCUUUCCACUUCCACGGCCGUUUCCAAUCUUGGAGGCACACUGCUGGAAUUGUUUUGUCCCCUCAUUAGGCUCGGAGUACUAAAUGGGACACCAUGAAUGAACAAUGCCAAUCUCUUUAUCCACACUCAACACAGGGCCGUCCUCUCCACCAAGAGUCUCUUGAGAAGCUGUAUUCCGUCCACUUCCGACCCACUCCUCCUAAGCUCCUAGAAGAGUCCGAAGAAGCCGAAGUCCGCCGAACGCUGAAGCAACACUCUAGGCGGUUUGAGCAGUUGGAUGAUGAAGCUAGGACACGUGCCAGACGUGAAGAACGCGAGAAGAAGGAGAAGCACAUUUCAGAGUUUAAGACUAUCUGCAACUUGUUGAACACGAACUACAUGAAGCAUGCGACGGCGAUUGGAUGGGAAGCGGCGCAGGCCGACUACAAGGAGCGCCACCGAUGGCGUGAUGUGACGGAACUGCAAGAAGAAAUAGUAUCCACGAAGGAAGAACAGAUUGAAUUCUCCUAAGAAGGAGUUGUUGUGGGGGGAAGAGGAAUUCCAUCUUGUUGUUGUUCCGAAGAAAUAAGGAGCAUGACUAGUACUAGCAAAAGUAGAUUUCGUCGAUGCGUGUGAGGCGGCGAGAUCAUCGUGCUGUCAUCUGGAGCUAGCAGCUACCGUGCUGGGCGAGUUGUACGGUGUCAUGGUUAGCCUCCAUCUGUGUCAUACGGAUGUACUACUAGCAUCCUCUUCGUAUACAACCGGUUGUAAAUACUAAACUUCACUUUGCAGAACUUCUAGUUUCAUACCAUGUUUAGCGUCUUCGUGGCGCGAGGAGAUCCUGUGUUUCAUUUACAUUGCAAAAAAUCUGUCACUCUGUAAGUAAUCAAGGAAAUCGAAAUGUGAAUGUGUUGUUUUUACUCAAUGUCAUUGCGUCCUUCGUGUAACAGGAAGGAUGAGCAACGCUGACAAGGUGCUCAUCUUGGUUAUGGUUUUCAUCAUAGACAUAAUCAUAAGAAACGCAGUAGAAUAGAGCAAUGGUCGGCUUCUCGGUGGCUGUUAAGCAGAUAUAAAUGAUUUCUUGAUGUAUCUAACGUAUCUCACUUACUAUGCAUGUUUUAUCAGACGCAGAUCAAUCACCUACUCCGCCAUGAGAUCCACCUAAGUUUCAGAUGCAGGAGCAACAAGGCGAAGCAGGGUAUAAGCGAAAAAGUACAUACAAGAUUUUUAUCACUUUUACAACCAAAUCAUAACCAAUGAAUUUCAGCAUCAUCCGUCAAACUCAUCACGAAAACCUUUCACCAAUUCGCAAAAUAAAGCAAAUCAGACAUCAUUGAAAUUGUAACCUAGUCCAACGAAAAGUAGCCCUUAGUCGACGGUGGGAGUACGUCGAAUUGGGCCGCCGAUAACGACGAGAUUUAUUAAAUUAUCAGUUGCAUUAUGAUUAUGAGCAUCAGCAUUUCGAAGAAUCUGCAGGGCGGAG